UGCACUUCUUCAUAAAAAUUAUUAAUUAAUCAAAUCUUAUUUUUUCACAGAAAGAGAAAGAAUGAGAGAAAGGUAAAAGAAGAAGAAGAGUACCUAUCAUCUCAAUUUUGAUAUCAUUCAUUCAUUCAUGUCUUGACUUCAAAUCUUCCUUCAUAAUUCUCCAGAUCUCUCUCUUUCUCUUUCUCUCCCAGACAACAAUUUCCAUUUCAACCAAACAUUCAUUCAUUUUCAUUCAAUUUCCCCUUUCAUUGACUUUCUCCAUUGAAUUAGGGUUCCUAUUCCCCUUCUCCGAUCUUCAAUGAUCUACGCGUAAAUCAAGGUUAGCUCUGAAAUUGCGUAAAGAUUGUGUCUUUCUUUGGUGGGGGGAUUAAGGAAUGGAUAAGGACAAAUCUGUGGGUCAUGGCGGUGGUUUGCCACCUCCGCCAGGUCGUUAUUCCGGUUACUCACCCCCCGGAACCGCCUUCAAUGUGAAAUCUGAACCACCGGCGGGAACGUCGUCGUAUCCGCAACUGGUUCCGGGUACCAGCUCAGACGUGAAUACUCAUUUUGGACAUGGAAUGUCCACCGGUGCGGCGGAUUCGAGUGGAUUUAGCCAUGAUAUUAGCAGAAUGCCGGAUAAUCCUCCGAGGAAUCGAGGUCACAGGCGUGCUCAUUCGGAGAUUCUCACUCUGCCUGAUGAUAUUAGCUUUGACAGUGACCUUGGUGUGGUUGGUGGUGCUGAUGGGCCCUCUUUCUCGGAUGACACUGAGGAGGACUUGCUAUCCAUGUACCUUGAUAUGGAUAAAUUCAACUCGUCGUCCGCUACAUCGUCGUUUCAAAUGGGUGAGCCGUCUAAUGCGGGAGGGCCGUCAGGUUCGAUGCCAGGGCAAGGCUUUUCUGCACAGAACAUUGCUGUUGGUGGUAGUGAAAGGAGAGUUAGGCACCAGCAUAGCCAGUCCAUGGAUGGGUCAACUUCCAUUAAACCUGAGAUGCUAGUGUCGGGUUCGGAUGAGAUGUCUGGAGUUGACUCCAAGAAAGCUAUGUCGGCUGCCAAGCUUGCAGAACUUGCCUUGAUUGACCCCAAGCGCGCAAAAAGGAUAUGGGCCAACAGGCAGUCUGCUGCGAGGUCAAAAGAGAGGAAGAUGCGUUACAUAGCUGAACUUGAACGGAAGGUGCAGACAUUGCAGACAGAAGCAACGUCUUUGUCUGCACAAUUAACUCUCUUGCAGCGGGAUACAACCGGACUUAAUUCUGAAAACAGUGAGCUGAAGCUGCGGUUGCAAACCAUGGAGCAACAAGUUCACUUGCAAGAUGCAUUAAACGAUGCGUUAAAAGAGGAAAUUCAGCAUUUGAAAAUACUGACUGGGCAAGCUAUGCCACCUAAUGGAGGAGGACCUAUGAUGAACUAUGCUUCUUUUGGAGGGGGCCAGCAGUUCUAUCCCAAUAAUCACAGCAUGCACACUCUUUUAGCUGCUCAACAGUUUCAACAGCUCCAAAUUCAUCCUCAGAAGCACCAGCAGCACCAGCAUCAAUUUCAGCAACAAAUUCAACAGCAACAGCAACAGCAGCAGCAACAAAUACAACAGCAACAGCAACAGAUGCAGCAGCAGCAGCAGGAACAACAUCAACAAUCAGGGGACUUGAAAAUGAGAUCAGCUACAUCUUCUCCUUCCCCCAAAGAUAACGAUUCACCAGAUCUAAAUCCUUCUACGGCCAAGGAUUGUUGAGUCUGCACAUUAUGAUCUUAUUGCUUUUAAAUCCUUUUGUCUCGCGUCCUAGUGUCUGUAGGUUCCAGCCUUGUUUUAUUUAUUUAUUCUUAAACAAUAGAAAUGGUCCCUAGUUAGAGAUUGGGAAUAAUGCUUUGCAUCUUUGCUAUGUAUAAUUCUAAAAUCAUUUGGCACCUUAGUUAAUUGACUAUGGAUAUAGGGGGGUUAGGUUUAUGUUUGUUAAGUCUGACUUAGUUGCUUUUUACCCUCAACUUUAUGUUCUUGAGAUACUUGGUACUUGACUUCCUUGGCAA